AUGGAAGCUUUGUCUGUAUGUAAUCCAGAAAUAUACCCAAAUAUAUUUAAAUUGUUAACAAUUUUUGUGACACUGCCAGUUUCAACUGCACAGAACGAAAGAUCAUUUUCAUCACUUAAAAAGAUAAAGACUUAUUUACGUAAUACUAUGGGCCAAAAAAGGCUAAAUGGAUUAGCCAUGUUAUCAAUCAAUCGGAAGGAUCGCAUUGAAAGUAAGCAAGUAUUGGACGAAUUGGCUGUAAAAAAAAAGACGUCUACCUUUAAUACUGUGAGGUUAAAGUUUUGA